CUCCCCAGCCCAGAAUCCUGCCCGGUCCCCCCCCUCCGUGGCUCCGCUAUCGUAAUCGUCGUCCAGUUAUCUCUCUCAGCCAUCGUCCCUCAUCGCCCUCGUCUGCUCCUGUUCUACACGCGCGCUCACGAACCAUCGCACAAUCGUCGCGCAUCUGCUGCUGCUCGGCUCGCUGCAUACGCGCCCUUCCAUUGGCUCCCGCUCGGCCCCUCUUCAGACCAAGCGCUCCCUGCUCAGAUUCAGACCACCGGUCAACGCAAGAGCAUCUCAGGAGCCGUUGCAGACCUCGGGAAGUCCCUCCUUCCGCGAAGAUAUACAUUUGAGAAAGAGAUACGGUCGCCUCUGCUCGCUGAGCGCAAGACUGAAGAGCGGGUCAUGCGUACCUGGCGUAGCUAAGACGGCCUUGCGACGCUUGAGUCUGGCGCAUUUGGAUCAAUUUGCGACUGCGGCGGACACCACGCGGGCAGGGCCGCAGCGGGACGGAAGUCUCCAGAUCCAUAUCAAGAGCCGGCCCUUCAUGCUCGAAUAUACUAGUCUGCGACGGAUUCACCAUGGCGGUCCAGCAGCCAGCUGAAGCGCCGUCUUUACCGGACGACUUCCACUCGCUGACCAGCGGCAGCUUCGCAUCCAGGAAGUCGCUUCCGCAUCCCCUACCACCGACCGCUGAACAUCCUAUCAUCUUUGCACAGACGAACGGAAAACCUACCGCAAGCUCGGGUAGUCCAAAGUCACUUAGGCGUACCUACAACUACGGCAACAGCAAUGGCGCCUCCCUUCCCUCCACCUCCAUACCAGGCACGUUCCCUCUUAACGGCUUUUUCGACACAUCGCUCCCUCCCACGCCACCCAGAAACGGGAAUGAGCAUGCCCGCAGCUUCUCGUCGCCGGUCCGCCCGCCGGGCCAGGACGGCGUGCUGACGUCUUCACACAGAUCAACAAGCCACAACGGCUCCCUUGGAGGCCGGAGUCCUCCAACGCCGGACCAGACACCGCCUGCCACGGCCUCCCUGGAUACACCUGCUCCCCCCGCACAGGCGGCAUUCUCGCCGUCCUCUCUCGCGGAUUCAUUCAGAACCGCACGUGAAGAGCAGUGGUCUUCCGACGAAGGCGGCGAGGACGACCUCAACGACGAGUUCAGCCUCGCUGGGCCUGUGAGAACAUUGCGCCGAUCGAGUUGCGAUACAGGGUUUGGUAUGGGUCUCGAGCGCGAUGACGAUUCAACACCAACACCCAGAAAGUUGCGUCAGAAGCAGACGGUGCGCAACAAGGAGCCCACUAAGCUACCGCUCACCUUCGAUGUGAAUGCCAUUCCCGACCGAGAGUGGGACACGAAUCUGAUGCGCAACGUCACCGUGCGCCGCAAGAAGCGGCCCGUCCUCGAGGACGAGGAGCGCGUGGCGGCCAGGGAGAUUGUGCCCCGGCUUGUGAACGGCAGCUCCGAGGAUGACGAUGGACCGGAGCCGCUGACGCCCAAUUUCGACCACUUUGCGCGGACGAUGCCUGGCAUGCAGCGUACGGAAGAUAACGCCAAGAGACUGUCCGGUUCCUCGCAUGCAUCCACGAUUUUGGAGGCUUACGUUGUGCCCACAUCUCCAAGACGGCACCGGACACUGCGUCACACGAGCAAGAACGCCUCGUUGCGAAGUGAUGACGGGUCCUCAUCUCGUCCGAGCUCCUCAAACCAUGCGCCCUCAUUGGCGUCUGAUGACCUAUCUUUCAGCCAGCUCAAUGAGAGACUCCGUGCGGAGCACAACAGCCGUCUUAAUUCUGUGAACGGUGCCACCAGCCCGGACCUACCCUCGGUUGUUCCAGCAGUCCCGCUUCGCCAUCACCCAGAGAGUAGGUCGCUGCGGUUGGCCAGCAUUUCUUCGAGCAGCUCUGGCACGCGUCGGGCCUCAGAUGGCGCACAACCAUCGUUCUCCACCUCGCCAGCGCGCCACCGAACCGUCUCCGCCGGCUCUUAUUCGGUCAGUUCAUUUAGCGGACUCGAACACCCAGGUAGACUCUCGUACGUGCCUGGCGUAGAGCCUUUCCGUCUUAAGCACGACACUGCAGCUAGGCAGAUUGCGCCCUCGAGCGCAGACUUGGUCGCUCAACAGUUGGCAAGAGCAGCCACGAGACGGGCCUUGCAACGGCUUGACUCCUCCGGCGGCACAAUCGACGCGAGACCUGGCUCGUUCUUGAGGGAACCGCAUAGGCAGGUGUCUGGCUUGGGGCCAACGAUUCAAGACUCUUUACAUGAGAGAGAACCAAACUUGGAGGCAGAGACGCCCGACGAUGAAAUUGACAAUCCGGGAAGGGAACGUGUCGUCGAACCGAUGAGAGAGCCAGCGAAUGAGCCAACCAAUGCAGGAGCAAGAAGUCCAACACAAGCGCCAGCAAGAGCUCAGAUGAAAGACGCUGGAGAAGCACCCAAUGACCAUGUCAAGGAACUAGCGCCCGCAAUAGAGUUCCCAACUUCGGUUGAGACUACGACUGCUGUAGUCACUACUACUGAGGUUUCAUCACAAAGCAUAAUCAAAAGGCGAACACAACCAGUGGACUUAGCGCAGCCAGAUUCUCGGUCGACCGCUGAUAGCAUGCCCCGAGUCAGCUUUGACAAUUCUACGGUAACAGCACAUGAAAUACACAGAGUUAGCAACGCAAGUUCAACUCCACGUGCAGAUACCGAUCAUGCGAAUCCGCGACAUCUUUACGCCCAGAGCACUCCUUUCUCGCAAAUAUCCGAGCAUGAGAUUCGCGAAGCCAACGCGAUCAACAUUUACCCACACAACAACAAAUCAUUACUAGUUGUCCAACAAGUAGCGCGCCCAUCUGGCGCACAGAAACAGAAUGAUGCUGCUGAUGCCAUAUCAGGAUGGCCUGCUUUAAUGGUCUCGCCAGCAACGCCGCCUCAGGUCUUUAGUGCAUCUCCGGUGAAUGUCGACUCUCCACUCAAAAAUCCACGUCGGCCACCGCAGCCUCCUCAUCCGGUGCCUCCAAAAAUCAGCAUUCACCCCGCAACACCGGACCACGAACUGGACAGGAUAUCCUUUACCGAAAAGCCAGAGCAAGGCGAAUCCGAUCCUCCACUACGCUCAUUAUCAUUCAAGCAGAAGGCUAGACGGUACUCCGACCAAGUGAUGAAACCCAUUAUCACACGCACUUCGAGCCUAAGGCGCAGCUACUACCGUCGCUCACGGGCCCGGCGAGAAGGCGCCCCAACUCCAUCUGCUCACGAUUCGAGGCCGGAGUCGCAUAGCCUGCACCCGUUCUGGCAGCCUCGCGGGUUCUGGGACGAGUUCAGCGACUCAGAUUCGGACUUUGGCGAAUCUCAACAUGAGCGACGCCUCCCUGCUGGCGGAGACACGUCGGAACUUGGCGAGCCACGCGGAAUUGCAAAGGUACUAGACCGGGCGCGGCUCAAAGGUGGCAACUUUUUGAUUGGCAAUAGCCUUGGCAUCGAGCGGGCGGGCACGAACAGGAGAAAACCCGUCAUCCAACUGCCUGUCGGCCUAGGCCAGCGCACGAGCGGCCGCGUUGUAAUGAAGCGUAGCAGCCAAAGCACCAUUCACACUAUCGCUUCCGAGAGUCUGCGCUCCGUCCGGCUGGCGAAACGCAGCGUGGAGAGCUUGCAUCGUGUUACCAGCAGCCAUAAGAAACGUGCGUGGAAUCCGCGCAACUGGCAAGUGCAGUACGUUGGCGUAAGCGGCAUGCGCGAUCUUUGGCGACAACGGCAGGCACAAAAGAGGAGGCAGGAGCUGAAGGGCAAGAUCGGCGUUCGUUACUCAGUCGAGAAUGCACCAACUAGCAACUGAUUCGGAUGUCAAUCUGUGCAGCGCAGGAUCAGGGUAAUCGCAGGUUGCAGCAUCAUUCUCUCAUUCACUUCGAACGAAACAAACCGUGCGUCCUAGACGAACGAGAUCACGAAACUUUGAUUGGCAGAAGCGACGAUAACCUCCAUUGUUUGCGAUUUAUGGCUUUUCUUGUGUUCAUUUGUGCUUUCAUAUGAGCGUGAUUAGCGGGAUUUUCAAUGGAUUCCAUGGUAAGCCGAUGGAAAUAGCAAACUGUACGGCAACGUUAUCGUAUCGAUUGUAUCUAUAUAGACAUUUAGUCUUGAGCUCAAUCUAAUUGGGCGGUGCUUUAAUUUCUGUAGACAACUACAUUGUCGUGUCUUCAUGUCGUAGCAUCAUCAGCGCCAGAAUAUUGGCAAUCAAGCUGCGCUCGCAUUUGGCCAUAGGAUCAAUUGGUUGGAACCCAGAGGAAUAUGACAUUCCAGCGGUCAUUGUCAUCCGUACUCUGCAG